CACGGUUAUCUAGCAACAAAUGUCACCCGUUAGCAAUCAGAUAGCCAUUGACGAAAAGAUUACCUCCGGAUGGAGUUGAGGGAAACAAUUUCCAAAAAAAAAAACACACGCUCACAACUUCCUCCGUCGAAGUGACCCCAAGUGAUCGUGCCAAGGUGUAUUCUUCGCUGUAUUCGGUGUGCGAUCUGCAGCAUAGAAGAAACCUGUUCCUGUGGAAUAACAAAAACCCGCACACAGCUAUUAUUAACGAUCAAGCUCAUCCGGUUGUGUUGUGCCCCCACGGUUGAACGCAAAUCUAACGCACACCCCGUAGUAGAAGAACAAAAUAAUAAGUAGAAGAAAACACACAAGCAUUUGAUCCACACGAGAUCCGUACGGUGUGGCGAUCGAUUUUCCGAUCCGACGCGGAACAUUAGCCCAUGCUGGUGGUGAUUAUGAAAUCGUGCUGCGAUUGGAAGAAAAAGAAAUGAACAAUAAUAUAACACCGAAACACGACCUUCGGUUGGGCUGAAAACACUGUGGAACAAUAAACGAGCGAUACUAAUGUAGUAGUGUCGUAAGUGAGUGAACAAAAAGGUAUCGUGCGUGAAAGUCAACGCGAAAGUCCCCGUAAAACGGGUAUUAGUUUACAGUGCCGGCCACAAAUAUUGUGCUAUGCAAAGUCAAAGUUAACAGCUCAGCAAGCGGUGUGCGAGAAGUAAAUACAGCCGUCCAGGAAGAAAGUUUUUGUGUGCGACUAAGAAGCCCUUAGUGUUAUGUGCACUCAGUAGCUACUGUGCUAGUGUAGGGUCUAGUGUCUAGUGCCAAAAAGUCAGUAAUUAGGUGUUUUGCUUUGCUUCAUUUAUCCGUGUGCAAUUACCAUUUACCGAGUGCCUUCAUUUUGCUUGUGCGUGACGCAGAUACACAGCAUCCGAAAUGACGUUACCAGAGUUUCUUAACCCGACACCGGCCCAGGUGGCCGAACUAAGGCAGCUGUUCAAGGAGAAACUAGAGAAGGAUGCAGCAAAAGUUCCAGUCGGCGGCUUCCACGAGCAUGAUAUGAGGUGGGUUUUCGAAGGCGACGGUUGGUUGACAAAGUUCCUGGAGAACAAUGACCUAAACAUGAAGGAUUCGUUGAAGCAACUGUGGGAAACGUUGGAAUGGCGCAAAGCAUCGGGCAUCAAUGAUAUUCGCGAAGAUAAUAUUCGGAUUGAAUACAUUAAGGACGCAUUGAUGUAUCCCCGUGGACGGGACAUUGAUGGUAAGACGGUGUUCAUCUUCAAAUCGAAGAUGUACGUACGGGGGACACGCAAUUUGGACGACCUGAAGAAGUGCUUUCUGUACUGGAUCGAGCGAAUAAUUCGCGAAGCAAACGACGAUCUUGUAACGAUCGUGUUCGAUCUUACCGAUACCGGCCUCAGUAACGUCGAUAUGGACUACACGAAGUACAUCAUAAACACGUUCAAAAACUAUUAUCCCUGCUCUCUGAACUACAUUCUCAUCUACGAUCUUCCAUGGAUUUUGAACGCCACCUUUCAAAUCAUCAAAAAACUCCUGCCCGCCAAAGCUGUCGACCGGUUACGGAACAUCAGCAAUAAAAACAUUCGCGAGUACAUCGACGAUGACAACAUGCCACGGAGCUGGGGUGGCAAGGACGAUUACGUGUUUGAGUUCAUCCCUGAGAGACGGAAAUCGAUGGAGUUACCGCUAAUGCAGAACGGUAUGCAGAAUGGGAUUCUCUCGAAAAAGGUUCACUUUGCCAACCUCAGCCCACCAGAAUCGCCAAUGCUUGAACAAGCGAACAGCAAUUUUCCGGAGAACAGCGAAGGUGAAAUGUUACGGAUAAAGCCACAAAACACCAUCACCUUCUCCAAAGUUGGCGGCGACCUGGUCGGCACGGUUGAAAUCACCAAUGUGGACACGAAGGAUGUGUCGUACAAGGUUAAAACUACUGCUCCGGAAAAGUUUCGAGUACGUCCCAGUACGGGAUUUUUGCCCCCAUCGGCAAGCGUUACGAUAAAUGUAAUGUUACAGCAUGGUCAACAGAUACAAAUAAUCAAUAGAGAAAAAUUUUUGGUUAUGUGCAUCGGAUUGACGAGUGAAAAUUCCACCAGCCCGCAAGAUCUAACCGAGCUGUGGAAGAAAAUCUCCGCCAAGGAUGCUUCGGUAGAGCUGCAUCGUUUGAAGUGCGCGCUGCCCGUAAUGUUUGACCAAAAUGGGCUCGAACAGAUGUUCGGAAGUACGACCGGUAACGUCAGUGCCGGACCCGAUCAGUACGGUGUGAUGGGUGGAUCCUAUGCCGGCAGCAGCAUGAUGAACAUGAGCUCGGAUAACCAGAUGCAUCUGUUGCAGCAAACCAUUUCGCAUCUGAACGAUACGACACACCGGUUGGAGGUGCAGGUGAAACGGAAUCAUCGCUUCCAAUGGAUCACAUGCGUGUUGUUCGUGCUGCUCGCUAUAGCCAUCGUGUACAUACUGAAGAUAGAGAUAAAGAGCAAUGCUUCUGAGUAUUGUAGCGUGGCCGAUAGACAUCGUUAAGAUGCCGACUUUCUGAGCACCAUUAAGCUUUGUAAUGUAAUGUAAUGGUUAAAUUUUCCUUUCAUUUGGCCUUUUUCUCGUUUUCUGUGUACAUUUAUACACGUACAUCAUUCUGUUCUGACGGUGGGUGUCAAACAAUAUUGUGCUCUGUUUUUUUUCCGUUUUACUACGAUAGUUUAUAUGUUCUAGGCUCUUGUUCUUUGUACGGGUGUCUCCUAUGGUAGGGUUAUUUUACGAAGUAAAUUAUUCGUUAGUUAUUGGUAGAAUAUCCAUUUUGUUGUUUAACCGCCAUCUCCAUCUACACGAAUUAAUGGUAAGACCCUUCGUGUUGAAAAUAAACAAAGUUUGCAAG